AUGCAACAUCUUCGUCGUAUUAAGCGAAGAAACAGCACAACGCACUGUUUGAUCGUUCAUUGCCUUCGCUUAGGCAGAGACGAGUCUAUCUUUUUUCUAGCUAAUUCUAUUUCUCUUUUUUUUUUAAUCUUUUUCUUUCAUCUCUCUCCGUUCAUCGUUUUUUUUAAUCUUUUUUUCACCCUGUCGUUUUUACCUGUUUUUUGUUUCAAACUUUCUUUACUUUACCUCUUUCUUUCCUUCUCAGAAUGUUCAUUCUCUCAUAUUCCUUCCUACUUAUCUUCCUCCUACAUCUUUUUCGUUCUCCUCUUUUUUAUUUUUCAGUCUUCUUCCUCCUUUUUUCCCUUUCUUCUUCUUCCCUUUCUUCUCUCUUUCUUCAUUGACAACUCUUUUUUCACAUAUCUUUUGUGUUUAUUUCUUUUUACUUCAAGAGCCCUUAAACUUUCUCUCUUCUUCUUACCCAUUUUACUCUUCCUGUUCCUCCUCAACCUGCUCCUCCUCAUCCUCCUCCUCCUUCUUCUUCUUCUUCUUCUUCUUCUUCUUACUACUACUACUUUUCUCUAA